GAAACCUCUGGCAGAACCAUGCUCAGGGAGGGGCGGGGCCAUCUGCUGUGAUUGGUUGGGGUGGGAGAAGCAAAACACCAUCUUUGACACUUAAAAUACAAAAUCAAAGACCAUGGGGUAUGUCUGUUUGUUGUUUGCACCAACAGGCAUCUGGAGCUAUCAUCAAGUGGACACUCAAAGAACUGCAGCAUUUAGGAAUCGCAUGCUAAAUACUGCAGGCUGUUAUUCUGCAGUCUGGCCUGAUAGAAUAGAAUAGCCUUUAUUGUCAUUGUACAUGUGCAAUGAAAUUGUGAUGUACAGUAGGAGAGAUGAAAUAAAAAAGAGAGCUUUGUUUGAGCUGCCUUCUCUCACUGGAGAGUUUAACGCCUGUGCUGUUAGGAUGAAAUCUUCAGCAGCUCCACAGAAUUCAGCUCUGGGUUUGAAACCAGUAUAAUUCUGUGGGUUUCUCUCAAGACAGCGUAUCACUCCACAGACACACACACACUUUCAUUCUGAUCUAAUUAGGCUAUCUGUUAUUGAAAUAACGAUAAUAACAACAAUGGAAAGAAUGACUUUUUGUAUGCCUGAAAAACAGAAAUAGGAAAAAGUAUCCAGAGAUGGAGUAAUUCGAUUAUCUUAUCUAACACACAAUAAUCAUAUACUGCAGAUUAUCUCAAUGCAAACACUAUGAACAAAUCUUACUGUGAAAAAACAUGAACUCACCCUGUGUUCAGUUUGAAACUGUGGGACUGUUCAUUGCUUCUAAUCACUUUUCUCGUCAUGGGACUGCAGGUCACUUGACAUCCCUCCCACCAAACUCAAUGUCUUUCAUUAGGAGAUGAGAUUUGAUUUAAUAAACCUGCCCUGCUUCACCUCAGUACAGACACAUGUCACAUCAUUCUUUAGAAAAAAGAAGACCUCAAGAAAGCUUAAUACUUUCCACUUUUUCCACAUUUUAAGCUACACAGAUGUGGAUUUUCUUCAUAAAGCCCCGUUGAUUAUCUUAAGUCUGAAUGGACCUUUUCUAAGCAGCCAUGGCUUCGAACAGAAGUCUAACAGUCUAAUUUAAUCAUAAGGAGUGGGGUGGGAGAUUCUCCCAGAGUUGAUUAAGGGAAUAUUAAGAGAAACCAGUAAGAGAUUUACCUUCAGAUCUCUGUGGCUGCUCCGUCUGCGUGAAGCUAGUUUGUAAAACUUUAGCUUUAAAUUAAAAGAACAAACAAAAAACAACUUGAUUUCUUGAAUUCAAGAUGAAAACAGCGGAUUCAUUCUAGAAAAUAUUCUGAAAGAAACGCCUUUAAAAGCUGAAGCGUCGACCGGCAGGAGGAUUUUCUCCUGGUGAGACAGAAACAUCAGUGAUGUCGAAGCUGCUUGGCUCUCUGCUUCUCCUGUGUUUACUUCCAGCUGUGGUUCCCCUCUUCUGUUACACCUGUGUGUUCCCCACCAUCUCCCCUCUGGACUGCAUCAGAUUCCCCCUGAAGUGUCCACCUGGGCAGCUCUGUCUGUCCAGCCGAGCCGUGGGUGAGAAAGGGGACUUCCGUGUGGUUUUGUACGAGAAGAGCUGCGUCCUGCCCUCCCUGUGCGGAAUCACGGGUGAAAAAUACGCGCUGGGACUCAACUUCACCUUCACCAAUGAAUGCUGCAACACUCACUUGUGUAAUGGCGCUGCUACAUCUGCUGCCCCCUACUGGAUUGGGACAUUAUUCACACUUCUAACUCUGUACUCCGUUUGGUGAAUAGUCAAUGAUAUAAAGCAGUUCGGCAGAGAUAGAGUUCCUAUUUCCGCCCUCUAAUGGACAAAAGCUGUACUAAACUUUUUAAAAACACUAUAUUUAUUUAUUUUUACUCUAACAGUAAAUCGGUAACAAUAAGGCAAGCGCACCAGUGUAGUUCAAGU